AUGAAGCCCAUUCUCCUCUUCUUGCUGACCUUCCGGCUGCUGCUCUCCAGCUUCUCCCUUUCGAUCCAAACCCAGUACACCUCGAUCUUCAGCUUCGGCGAUUCCUUCACCGACACCGGCAACUUCGCCAUCAUCGCCGGCCCGACGACGCCAGGCCUGCUCAUCACCAAACCACCGUACGGGAUGACCUUCUUCGGCCACCCCACCGGCCGCAUCUCUGAUGGUAGAUUGGCCAUCGAUUUCAUCGCUGAAGCCCUGGGAUUCCCGCUCCUGCCGCCGUCGAUGGCGGCGAACCAGAGCUUCAAGCAAGGCGCAAACUUCGCGGUGGCCGGAGCCACGGCGCUGGACCGAGCGUUCUUCGUGAACGACGGCGACACAGCUGUUACGCCGUACAACAUCUCCGUCGGCGACCAGCUCGGGUGGUUUGACGCCAUGAAGCCCUCGCUCUGCGAUUUCGUCGUCGGGGAGUUCGAGACUGCUCGUCGCAGGCGGCAAGACGGUGGUGGUGUCGGGGCUGACACCGAUGGGGUGCGCGACGGGGAACCUCGUGCUCUUCGCGGGCAAGAGCGCCGAGGACUACGAGCCGGCGACGGGGUGCCUCAAGGACCUGAACCAGCUGUCAAAGGAGCACAACCUGCAGCUCCAUCAGGCGCUGGAGCGGCUUCGGGCCACGCGCCCCGGCGCGUGAGGCUCAUCUACGCCAACUUCUACGCGCCCAUCGUUGACUUCGCGACGUCUCCCGAUCGCUACGGGUUCAACGGCACCGACGGCGCGCUGAACGCUUGCUGCGGCGGCGGCGGGCGGUACAACUUCAACCUCACCGCGGCGUGCGGCAUGCCCGGCGUGAGCGCGUGGUCUGACCCGUCGGCGUACGUGAACUGGGACGGCAUCCACCUCACCGAGGCGGCGAACCGCCGCGUCGCCGAUGGCUGGCUCAGUGGCCCUACGCUCACCCGCCCAUCCUCGACACCUCACGGUUGUCUUUUUCUUUCUUUUGGAAUGGACCGGUGCGUUUUCUGA